GGUGGAGGAGGAUCUACAAGGUUCUGAGUGAGGCUGGGAUGCAGUGGAUCAACCAGCAUUUAUUACUUGCCUACUGUAUGACAGCCACAGUGCUGUGUCACUGAGGGGGAAGCAGUUCCUGUCUGAGAGAGCUAGCUUCCUGUGAGGGGGGAGCCACUUUAUAGAUAGAGAGCUAUGCUUGGUCAUUUGAAGGAGAAAUCACUCUGGACUGGAGGAGAGGGACCCCUGAGUUCUGCUUUUCAGGAAGCCCUGAAGGGCUUGAAGAGAAUUCUCAGGUGCCGUCUGGUGCGAGAGACCCGGAGGAAGCUCACGGAGGUCACCUGCUCUUCCACCCAGACUUUCCUUUCAUCGGGCCGCCUUCUUUGGUCAGAGACAUCACCGCCGUGAGCAGUCAUCUGCUGAAUCUGGUGUCCCUGGACCUUUGCCGUCACCGCUGCUGCUGACCCUCUGAGUCCCAGUCAUGUCUCACCCUUCGUGGCUGCCCCCCAAGAGCACCGGGGAGUCCCUUGCUCACGCUCCUGCUCGGAUGGAGACGACACAUUCGUUUGGGACACCCAGCAUCUCCGUGUCCAUGCAGCAGACACCCAAGAAGUUUGCUCCGGUGGUCGCUCCCAAGCCCAAAUACAAUCCCUACAAGGCGCCUGGGGCAGAAGGUGACUUUCUGCCCCCUCCGCCUCCCCCUCUGGACGACCUUGGCAGCGUGGCCCCUGGCUCGGGCUCCUUCCCGCCGCCUCCGCCACUCGAUGAAGGUGUUUUCAAUGUGCAGGUGAAUCCUGGGAGCAAGACCCUCGAAGAACGCCGCUCCAGCUUGGAUGCAGAGAUUGACUCCUUGACCAGUAUCCUGGCAGACCUCGAAUGCAGCUCCCCUUACAAGCCAAGGCCUCAGCAGGGAGCUGCCGUUCCCACGGCCUCGCCUCCGGUCUCCACGCCUGUCACGGGGCACAAGCGAAUGGUCAUCCCCAACCAGCCGCCUCUGACGGCCACCAAGAAGUCCACCUUGAAGCCCCAGCCGGCGGGCCAGCCCUCGCCCAUCCCCGUGGCUCCCAUAGGAAUGCUGAAGCCGCAGCCCCACCCGCAGCCGGUGCCGGCCUCGUACGCCACCGCGUCCACGCCGUCCAGGCCCACUUUCAACGUGCACGUGAAGUCGGCCCAGCCCAGCUCUCACUACCUGCCCGCGGUCUCGCCCGGACAGUACUACAGCUCCGGACCGAGCCACGCCUACGCUCCUCAGGCCCCUGCGGCCCCGGGGCCCGCUCAGUACGCCCCGCCACCCUCCCGGGGCGGCCCCGACUACGGCUACGGCCCGGCGGCUGCCCGACAGCCGGAGCCUGCCUACGGCUACGCGCCCAGUCAGGGCCGGUACCACGAUCCUUACUACCCGGGCUACGGGGGACGAAACGGUUCUGAGCCCAGCUACGGGCAGCAGAACGCCUGGAAACCGGAGCCGGGCUACGCUCCUCCUCCGGCUGGGCCCCAGAAUCCUGCGGGGAUGUACCAGCCCCCAGAGCCCAAGAAGACGUACAUCACUGACUCUGUCCUCGCUCCCCAGGCCCCGGCCCCCCAGCAGCCCAAGGGCGGCCAUCCUGGUCCCGGGGGCCCUGUUUCUGGCCCGUCCUUCCGCCCAGAGGACGAACUGGAGCAUCUCACCAAGAAGAUGUUGUAUGACAUGGAGAACCCCCCCUCUGAUGAAUACUUUGGCCGCUGUGCCCGCUGUGGGGAGAAUGUUGUUGGCGAGGGCACCGGCUGUACAGCCAUGGACCAAGUCUUCCACGUGGACUGCUUCACCUGCAUUGUCUGCAGCACCAAGCUCCGCGGGCAGCCCUUCUAUGCUGUGGAAAAGAAGGCCUACUGUGAGCCCUGCUACAUAAACACCUUGGAGCAAUGCAACGUGUGCGCCAAGCCCAUCAUGGAGCGGAUCCUGCGGGCCACGGGGAAGGCGUACCACCCUCACUGCUUCACCUGCGUCAUGUGCCGCCGCAGCCUGGAUGGGAUCCCCUUCACCGUGGAUGCCAGUGGCCACAUCCACUGCAUCGAGGACUUCCACAAGAAAUUUGCCCCUCGAUGCUCAGUGUGCAAGGAGCCAAUCAUGCCUGCCCCGGGCCAGGAGGAGACCGUCCGUAUUGUGGCCUUGGAUCGGGAUUUCCAUGUGCAGUGCUACCGAUGUGAGGACUGCGGGGGCCUCCUGAGCGAAGGAGACAAUCAGGGCUGCUAUCCCCUGGACGGGCACAUCCUCUGCAAGACCUGCAACUCGGCCCGCAUCCGCGUGCUGACCGCCAAGGCCAGCACCGACCUCUGAGAAUUGCUGAUGUUCGUUGUCUCCGAGCGGGAGGGGGUGGGGAAGGGAAGGGGGAGAGGGCAGGGUUGGGGGCGACUCUCCCAGGUUUCACAUCGCCAUUGGGUUCGGCGCCAUUCCAGGGGUGGGAAGGGCAGGAAACUUGGGGGCAGGGGGGGGUGCCUCUGGCCGGGGCUUCUCUGCUGCCCUUCCUUUCCCCGCCCCCUCCCCCCGCCGAGCCUUCCGUGGUGGUCUCACAGAAGCACAACACAGUGACCCACUGGGCCGGGACCCAUCCUCGCUCUGGCUCCGCCGGGGCCCAGGGCCCGUUCUCCAGCCCUUUCUCUCCGGCGUUCCCACAACCUAGAAUCCCUGCGCCGCCCGACCCUCCUGCUGGCGGAGCAGCUUUGAUUGCCUCGCCUUUCACUGCUGCCGAGUAUUUAUUCAGGGGGAGGCCAGAGCGCCCCAGCCCCUCGAGGGUGGCUUCUUGGAGCCGGGGCUCCCCGAGGCGAGACACGCUGUGUGUACAUAGGAAGUGAUGUCUGUGUGUCUUACGAGAACUCUAAAACCAAUCACGUGCCUUGAAAGAAUCACAAGUGAUGUUCACUAGAGUACAGAGAAUGUAACUAAUAUAUUCCAGAGUCAGCCUGGCUGGGAUGGGACCCCUGGCGUAGGUCGGGCCGAAGCUGUGGCGCUCGUUGCCCGGCGACUUCAGAUGGCCCAAGAGCUGCCGGACUUUCUCACAGAUUUCCAUGGGUUGCUAGAGUCUCAAGGGAAUUAACUUGCCCUCCCUGGUUUCUCGAACCAAACUGAGCAUCUCGUUGCAAAAUGGAGACAGGAGCCCCGAGGAGCUUUCAGAGGAUGCUUUGAACCGGCCUCUUAUUUAGCAUCUUUUCCAGUUAGGCCCAAUGCCCUGCCCAAGACGGCCCAGGAAAAUUCGAAUUUGACUCGUCCCACAUUGAACUUGGCUAGGAUGGCUCCUUCCGUCUGGAGAGAUACCGUCAUUCCCCUUCCCCCCAAACCAUCUGUGGUGGACAGCAUUGGCUUCCUCCCGGGUACGUUCUGCCAUGUUAACCUUGCCCCCGGGGUCACAAACCGGGGCUCCAAAUGGCUGUCAAAGUCUAGUUCAUCAAUUUUAAAAAGAACAGGAGCAAGAGAGAACAUUAACUUACUAUGGGCAUAGUCUUAGCUUGCAUUAAAAACUCAUUUUUAUCCAGUGGUUCCAGCAUUUGUUCCUCUGUGCCAAGGAAGUCAAUAAAAAUGCAUAAAAUAUAUAAUUUAAAAUACAUGUACAUAGACACACAUGCGUGUGCUACGUAUAGUAUAUGUUUGACUAGAUGAGAACUAAAAGAGUAAAACCCAUAGUCCUUGCUCGAUGAAUCCCCAUUGGCUAAAAGCAGCUUAGUUUUUAUUUGGAAAAGACCCUGGAACUUGAAAUGUUUCAGUCCACAGCUCAGCCCUGGCUUUGAAGUGAUACGGACAAAGGGGAAGUUUUGUGGAUUCAUCCAGUGCCACGGAGGUAGCUUGUCACGUCCAUCCCGUGGGGUGCUUCCCGACGCGUCUCCACUCCUGGUCUCUCCCCUUUGAUGCUGAGAUGUCUGAUCUGGACUUGGGAAGUUCCCAGGGGGUUGUAAGGGGGAGUCAGGGCAGGACUCUCUGAACCCUGGUCCAAGACUAACCCUCUGCAGCCCUGGGCUCUCUUCAUGAUCAUUACUUCUUUACAAACAGGGCGUUUUCAUGAUUUUAUUUUAACUGGUCGUAUUUUUAAGAAGUUAAAAGCAAAAAUUCUGAAUUCUAUCCGUGAGGUCUGAAAUGUUUUUAAGCCUAAUACAUAUAUGACUGAAAGGCCCAUCCCUCCAUGCUCCAUCCUUCUCGUUUUUCCAAUUUCCGUUCUUCGAAUCCUUAGCCCUGUCUCAGGAAUGCUCAGUAUUUUCUGCAAAUGGAUUUUUACUCUAAUGAGAACCUUGUGAAAUCUGUGAGAAUAGCCCAUUUUGUAGCCCGUUCUUCAGAAACCUUGCCCGGCAGUGAGUCACCGCAGCUUGUCCGAGUUACUUUUGAGUUUGCUCAUUUGCUGGCACCAGACUAGAGUUCAGUAAGCCCCGCCACUGUCUUCCACCCUUAUGCUACCCCCGAUACCUCAGUGCUCCAUCCCCUGCCCCUUCCGGCACCGACCUCACCGGGUGGGGAAUGGGGACUCUGGUGGACUUGGACCACUUGGGGGCAGCAGCAGGAGUUUUGGAUUCAGUGGCAAUGAGCAAACUCUCAGGAUUGAGCCUAAUGGGAAACCAGACUGCCUUCAGCACUGAUUGUUGGGAGACGGGAGGUUCUAAGAGUGAGGAACUGACAUCUAUCCCAUAGCUCCUUUCCCAGAGAGCAGGUCAGUGGGGAGAUGUUCUCCCCAGCUCAGAAACAAAGCGCCUGCCUCAGUGAGGAAUGACAAAGCUGACCCGCAGAGUCAUGGCUGUCCAAGGACACAAAGGACACGCGUCCACUGAUGCUCCCUGGAAAGGGAGCGAGUGGAUGCUGGCCCUCUCCCCCAGGUCCCCCAGAAUCGGAUGUUCCCACACUCCCGUGCAGGAGACGACACUGUCCUGGCCCCCGACCCCACAGCGUGACUCUCGGGUACCAGCACAGGACUGUUUUCUCACACUCUUUAUAGUGUAUUUAUCACAUAACCUCAUAUAUCUUUGCCAAAGAUUUUUAAAGUAAAUCUGUUUUUAAUAUAGACUUUUCUUAGACUUUUGUAAUGAUAAAUGUGCACACUUUUUUUUUUUCAUGACACAGAAAUAUUUAGAGUUUGUGUGUAUGUGUGUUUCUUUUCACACAAAAUACUUCACGAGAAAUAUAAAGGAUUUUAAAUUAGCUUAUUCCAGAUUUUAGUUCAUUUUAGUCUCUGAUUUUAUUUUCCUUUUUUGGCUUUGCCAGCAAUUAUUUCAUUUUAUGAGUGACAACUUCACCACCAUGAAUCUUUCUGAUUGAAUUGCAUGAAAUCUUGUCUAUAUCGUGAUUUAUAAAGAUAAUAUAGCCUUAAGGAUAGGAUUAUAUUCUGUCUUAAAGAAAAAAAAAUGCAAAAAAAGCCCACUAUCUUUAUUUUCCUAUAAAUGUAUAAGCAAGGAAAGAGAUACGGACGCCAUAUUUGGUUUUAACCAGUUUAUGUUGUCCAUAUCAGGUAAUAUUUUGAAGUCUAGGAGGCCUGGGGAGGGGCGCGCUCUGAUGCAUUAUGUGCUAUGCGGAAGAAACAAAAUGAGAAUUCUUAAAUGAUCUGAAGUCCCAGUACAUUUCCAGUGGGUAUAAGGACUCAUCUGGAAGUGGGCCUCUCCUUUAACAGAUAAAAGCCAUUUGUACAUUCCAACCUAAGAAAAAGUACCGAGAAACUCGGUUUCUCUGAAACACCAAGCUCUGGAUUUUUCCCUUUCAUUUCCUCUGUUAUUAAUGUGUGUGUGUGUGUGUGUGUGAGAGAGAGAGAGAGAGAGAGAGAAAGAGAGAGAGAGAGAGAGAGAGAGAGAGAGAGAGAGAGGAGGAAGAGGAAAAAGAGCUGAAUUAACCCAAAAAUAGUUCCUUAAAGAUAACUUCUAUAAGGUUCAUAACACUAGAAAUAUCUUCUACUCAAGAAAGAUGCUGCAUUGAUUUGUGGUUGACAUUCAAAGCUUCUAGUUGAUUUUUUUUUUUUUUUUAAUUCUCUGUGGAUGAGGUGUGAGGUGCAAGCACUGACUUCAGGUGCCUGUGGGCUGACAGGAAAGGAAAGAAGGAAGGAAGCAGAAAAUAAUGAAAAACCUGGAGAACAUAACUCCCCGACUGGCUCUGAGUUUCUUAGUCAAACUCCUCUUAUUCUAAACCUACAAGGAAAAGCAGCCUUCUUUCUCAGAGAUGCAGUGAAGUGAUCCCGAUGAUGUCGGUUUCUGUGUCAAUGGCCCCAUCCUUCCUCCAUUAUCAAGUUGUGAAGGGUGUUAGGGAAACGCUGACAGCCGCUGCUGAGGUCAAGGAAACAUCCACAUGACCUCCCAGCCUCACGCCAUCCCCUUUGGCUUGUUAAAACCUAUUUUCUUUCUCUUCCUUUUUCAAAGGCAUCUCUAGAAAUAUUUCUCUUCUACCUUAGCAUUUCACAUUUGUCAUCUAAACAAUUGCUCACCCAUCUGUUGCCUGGAGCUACGGUACAUGUGUGUUGCCAAUGAAAUGUGACAGAGUGUUCCAUGUGCACCCGUUUUAGACAUUUGGACUUUGGGGAUGGGGCGAAGCUUGCGGGAAAGGAUCUGACCCUGUAGAACGUACUGGGAACACAUCAGAAGGGCAGGGCUCCUGCUGAACUUUCCAUGGAAAAGAUCAAAGAGACAAGUUUAAUUUUCACCUUAUUUUCAGUUAAGGAACUGACUUGACAAGCCACCGAUGAAUUUGUGAGAGCAGGAAAAUGUAGCAAGACCAAAAAUAAAUUCAUUAGAAAGACAAGAGCGAAAUUCAGAAACGCGAAGGACUCUUUCUCUUUGGCAGAAUCUCAUUGUGCUUCUUUCCUCUGAAGUCGGUCUCUCUUGCAGGCUUUUUGGCUGAAUCUCAUGAAUCAGGAAGUGUCUUGUUAAUCCCUAAAUCAUGAGUAACAUUUCGGAACACAAAGGUUGAUUUAUGGCCCGGGGUGAGCAUUUGCGGUUUGACCUCAUUCUGGGAUUAGUCAACCGUAAUGAUAAUAAGGACAAACACUUCACACUUGUGGCCUCUGACUUCCAUUAAGUGCCGCCAUUUUGAACAUUGUCUCUGGACUUCCUAUCAAAAUUAAUGCAGACAUGAAAUUCGUGCCAAGGCUUUAGGGAAUCCUAAACAUGAUUUAGGGGGAUGUAUGGCUGUGAACAUUUCAGUUCACAUUAUUUAUUCAAUGAAUCGGUGGAAUAAGAGUCCCUGUUUCCCUUUCCCCACACUCAAGCUUGGUAGAAUUGUCUUUCUAGACUUCUUUAAGAUCUUCAACCAGAAUUUGCUGUGAAUAAGUGGAAAUUGUUUCUUUUCUAUAAUUUAGAGUUUCAUCGAGUCUUUUACUUGACUUUGCUAUUUUCAUGAAACUAUGGAUUCAUUGCCAUAGGUGCUGUGUUUAUUGCUCUCGAGGCUCUAUCAUAUUAUAUAGUCUUCCUCCUUGUAUUUCCAAAGCUUGCCUUGUUCUUCUUGUUUUAAUAUUGAGACUUCUCAUAAUUCACAUCAGCUAGCCAUCUUUGGCUGUCCUUAAUACCUUCACAAGCCAUCUUCUUUUCCCAGAAGAGAGUCCUGCAGACUUCUGUGGUGCCAUUUACAGGGUCCAAUUCUCCACUGAGCACAUACUUUUUCACCUGAGUCUUUUGGGGGUCUUGACGUUUCCCUUUCAAUGAUCUUCCAUUUGGAUUUGUGAAAAUGAAAGCUUAUUGGUAUUCAAGAGACGAGUUUUGGGGGUUGAAUGACUGGAAGAUUGACACAUCUGAUCAUCACCUUCUCCUUCUUAAGGCUGGACCACGCUCAUUUUCCACUGCCAAAGAUAGAUAUUUUAGUGAACUGAUUGGACCAGGCAGCAGGUGGUAAAUCACUGAACAAGCAUUGAUUAGAUGCUUACUAUUUGCCAGCUGAUGGACUAAGCCUUGGAGAUACAAAGAAACACACACACACACACAUACACACACACACACACACACAAUGCUGUCCUUUCCAUUGAGAAGUUCACAAGGGGACCCAGCAACAUCUUCACUUUUAAGAAAAAUAAAUGAAUAAAUAAAAGAGUGAGUAGACAAAGGGCAUGUAUUUGUCAUUACCUUUACAAUUGAGGUACCCUAACCCACCCACCUACGCUGGACAGAUACAAAAGUUCACAUGGCUUCCAGAUUUUCACAAACACUUUUUGGAAGAUAGAUCAUGAAAUGUCACCCACAAAGGGAAGAGAAUGGAGACCAUAUUGCCUUCUCUUUAUUUACUCAAUCAUGGUCCUUAGAGUCUCAGAUCAUAGUUCAUGGCCCUCAGAGAAUGCUUCAUCUUAUCCUUUCCCAAAGGAAGCUCUGAUCUGAUCACUGGUAUACAAGGUGAUUAAGAAAAAAUAACUAGUUUGAAAAGAGGGAACUUUAUUUUUGAAACAUCAACUAAAAUCAAAUAACUGUGGGGGUGGGAAAACGUUUUGUUCCUUUGGGAUAUGAUAAUUCUAACUUUCAUGGAGAGGAAAAAUGAUUGUCCUCCCAGAUUUUUGUUGCAGAUCAGCCUUUUACAUAUGACACUAAUAUUAAACGGGAAUAGUCAAAACACUCGACGUGUGGCCUCGUUCCAACUAGUUUGAGCUAGGAAAUGGUGUCAGCUCCCAAGUUUUUUCUUAGAUGACAGAUUACAGGCCUGCAGUUUACCAAAGCAACUCAAGAGGGGGAAAGCAAGUUUUAUUAUCUAAAGAUCUUAAGGUUGUGUUUCCAUUUGGAUGAAGGGUAGUGCUGGCCUGGCUGCACUGCCACAAUGGCUCGUCCGGGCUGUUGCAUAGCUUUCCUGGCUGGGAAAGGUAGGGAGGCACUCUAUUAACUGCUUUUUUGGACUUCUUUUCCUUUCUUCCUAUUUGCCACAUGAUGGCACGGUUUUGAUUGAGGUUUCCUUUCUUUGGGAGAUUAGAUUGGAGUCAUGUCAGUUAAGGAUAUCAUGGCAGUAGCUGUGUGGCCCUGGAUAAGUCACUUAACCCCAAUUGCCUCAGCAGGAAAAAAAAAAAAAAAAAAAAAAAAGAAUAUCAUGGCCCUCUUGGACAUGAAUUUGUUUCAGUAAUCCGGUUCUUUUCUUUAACUUUUAUUAGGUACGUACAUGUGCCAAGGGCUAGGGAUACAAAAACAACAAGGAAAGAAUUUUAAAUUGGGCCCUUAAGGGGCUUCUAUUUACUGUAUGCUCUGGCUUGGGAGAGAGAGGGAGUGGGGAUGAUGAGUAAAACUAUUGCCCUCAUGUUCCCAUGUAAUACAGCCAGAUUUGACCUAUUAUAGAUGAUGACUCAUAAGCGAUACUUUGGAACACUGUCUCUGACUUGCACCUGGAGAAGUUAGGGAGAAGGGAGGGGUGCUUUUCCAAGGGCAUGACCAUGAGUGAAUGGGAGCCUCCCAAUCACUUUUUGCUAAGACUUUUCUCCCAUAGGUUCUGAGUAAAAAGAAUGAAACUUUUUUCCUCCCUGACAAGCACGAUUGUAGGUUGUGAUGAACUUGCAUUUCCAAGGCCGUUUUCUAAUUUAGUCAACAUUUUUUCUAAUUUUUUUUAUUAUUUAGUCAACAUUUUUAAGGUAAUAAAUUAGCUGCUUGUAAAAGGGACAAUAGUGGAAGAGGGUCUCAUCACUUAACCUUCUCUGAGGGGUCUUAAGCCAUGAAGUUUUGUGAUCCCUUCAUGGCUUUCUUUCAUCGCAUUUGAUUUGAGUUUGAAGCCUUUGCUGGGCUCUUAGCUCUCUCUUAACUCUCCUCCUGAGUGAGCUUUUGGAAUAUAAUAUUGGAGAUCGCAACUAUGCUCCCUUUGGCAAGCAUUUAUUAAGCGCUUACUAUAUGCUGAGCAUGGGGAAUACAAAGAAAGACAAAAAACAAAACAACAAGAAGAAAAACUUGCCCUCAGUGUCCUUUCAUUCCAAUAUCAUGUUCAGGAGUACAUUAUAUUCCUAAAGCAGAUACACCUGUAUUAGAAACAAUAAUCUAAAUUUACAACUUCUUAUCUGAGCCUCAGGCAAAUGACUCCAAGGAAAGAGAUGCAAGUGUGUUUCAUUACCUCCCAGAGUCAAAGAAAAAUGCCCCCCUUUGGGCCUGUGGCUUCCUUAAUAAGUUUUCUUGACCAGCACAUUUUAUUUUAGUAAAUGGGGAAAUGAUAUUUUCCCAUGUAGCAAUGAUCUAAUUUUAGAAAUAAGUUGUAUGAGACAAUCUCUUAUGUCCUUCCUUCCAACUAUGAGAUUUGAGGAUUCUAAUUUCUCUUUUCUGAUUCAUCUCCAGGCGGCACUGCCUUCAAACUCUCUGAGGGUCUUUGCCCCCAACAGGCACUUCAUUAUCCUCAAACACUUAAAUAUGCCUGGGAGACUCUUAUUUAAAGGAAACCUGCACCUAAUCCUUUUGCAAGAUGCAUAAUCCUUCCUUUGUGCAUUUCUUUCAUAUAAGCAACUCAAUUCAAUAACUAUGGAGCAUUCUGUGAUGUGCUUCAGAAUUCACUGUAGACACCAAGAGUCUUGAGCAAUAGUAUCGGUUUCUUCCACUGUUGUUCAAGCUGAAGCCUUAUUGUUUUAGUCGUCUUAGGGCAAUAGGGUUGGGUAAGAGUUCUCUUCUCUUUCUUUCCUUCUACCUGCCUUCUUUCCCUUACCCACAGAAUGGCACCAAAUGAAAACUGCAGAGGCAGAUUUAAGCUCAGUAUAAGAAAAGUAUUCUAAUUACAUCUACUCAAAACAAUCAACUGUCUCAUGGUUCCUUUCCCAACAGGUCUUUCUGCAGAUGCCGUUGCUAUUACUUAGGUUUGCUAUAAAGGAAAUACACGAUUAGGUAUGGCCUGAAAGAGAUGGCCACAGGACCCCUUUCAGGUUUGAGAUGCUGCAAUUCUGAGACGUGACAUUAGAUCACGGUGCCAGUAGCUGAUCCCCCAUGUAGUUAAAAUUGUCCCGAAUUCGUUGUUUUGCUCUUUCCAAUCUGCCCUUUGAUUCUGUAGUCACAUUAAUGAACUUGUGUAGGCAUCUACCUCUCUUGCCCAGGGAAGUUAAUAAAGACGGUUUCCAGAUUUCCCAUUUUCUAAUGUGCAGAAGAGAGUCUUAAGUGCCAGAAGUACCCAAGAGCUACCACUCAAGCUCUCUGACCUGCUAACCAUAACCUUGAACUAUGUUGGGGAUAGUAAAUGUCAGAGAGUGUAAUCUCCUGGGAUAGAUAAGGAAAAGCUUGUAGCAAAAGACAUUAUUGUGGAAAGAUGAUCUCCUUGGAUCAGAUUGAGAUAGAAGAAGAUAUAAAGAUCCCUUCCCUGUCCUUCCCCUCCCCAUAUUCAUUAGAUUUAGAAGGAAGCUUUCCCAUAUUUAAUGCAGCUUCUUCAUAGGAUGGAAGAAUAAUAUA